AUGUCUUCUGCGUACAGAGAAUGUCAAAGACGUCUUUUACGAGCUGAAAUUGGUUUUAAAUAUCGUGAUCUACGUAUUUUGAAAAAGAAUUACAUGUAUGAUCUGAAUGAGUUGAAAGAAAAUGUACCUGAUAACAUAUUUCAACACAUUUCCAAAUAUAUUAUUAAUCGUUCCCGUGCAUUAUUAUAUAUGAAGGAAGAUAACUUACAAAGAAAGAUUAAUUCAUUUCAAUCACGUCAAAGAAGAGUACCUCGUAUUGAUCAAAAUGUUGUUAAAAAUUUAUCAUCUCGUAUAUUAUCACAUGAUGAAACUGAUUGCCUCGCCCAUGGAUUAGAUUAUGGUCUUGUUCCUAAAAAAGCUGAUGAUAUGAAUAUUGUUAGUAAUAUUGAAAACUUCUUUCAUCGAAUAACUGAUAUUUCUCAACAUCAUAAAAAGCUGAUGUCUGAAGUUACUAAUAAAGAUACAGUUGAUGGUUGUGAUGUUUGUGUUCUUGAUUCAAAAGAAAUGACUUUGGCGAGCAGUUUUCGUUCUAUUACUGACUGA